AUGGGAAGAGACACCGGCGGCCCAGAGGGCCAGGGCGCGGGCGGCGAGGCCGCGGGCGCUCCCUCGGAGCCCGCGAGCGAGAGUUGUGUGCACGUGGACGGCGAGAGGCGGCUCUGCGACUUCGCAGCGGUGCCUCAGUGGUGUCGGUUUUUCUUCACUCGCCCCGCAUACCACACGCUGCGCGUGGGCGGCGUGCUAGAUCCGGCGUACAUCGAGUCAGGCUCGAUGCUCUUGGGCUCCAACGCGGCCGCCGACGCAAAGGCCUCGACCGGCGAAGGAGCGUCCGCCCUUGACGGAGAGGAGAUAUCGUGCGCACGCGAGGAGGAGGAGGACGACUACUGCCACCUGCUGCACGAUAUUCUGACCGCCUACGGCAACGUCUCCGACCUCCACUACUUCAUGGCGGAUUCGCCAGCCGAUGCCGCUGCACCCGAGCAGGCGCCUGAAGAGUCGCCGUCGCUCUCGCAGCUGCAGAUGCUGGUUUUCUGCCGCGUCGGGCGCAAAGUCUGCGGCCACAAGGGCGUAGUCCACGGCGGUUUCCUCGCGACGCUGCUCGACAAUGCGCUGGGCUACACAGCUCACUUUGUGUUCAAGCGCGCGGCGACCAAGACGCUUGAGAUUAAGUACGUCCGCCCGCUGCUCGCUGACUCUGCCGUCCUCGCGGACGUGACGGUGGAGAGCGUCGACUCCGCAGCGGGCGUCUGCGCAGUCGUCGGCACGGUCUACGCGCGGAUCCCCGGGAGCCUGAGGCACCUGCAGAGUACCGCCGCGUCCAGCGCCGCGCGGGACGAGAAGAAGAGACAGGCAAAGAGACCGCCGACGCCGCCCGAUGUGUGGGUCGUCGCGGUCGGCCGGGCGACGAUGGUCGAUGUCACGCAAAAGUGGAAAGGCAUUCAGUAG